AUGAUGCGGCCUGGGCACAUCAAGGGCGUGGGGAAGAGCAUCAUCCACACCCCGGGACACGGCUCGCCCCUCUCCAAGGUGAUCUGGGGUCGGCAGAGGUUUAAGAAGCAGGUGGAGCUGCUCAUUGCCAAGGGCGCCCGCAUGGGCCAGUUCAUGCAAUGCAGGGCACCCCGAGCCCGGCCCCGGCCAACCCCGGCGCGGCCGAAGCGGGAGGAAGCCGGGUCAGCGGAGCGCCCCUGGCCCGAGCGGGAGGCGCAGGUGGACAAGGCGGCCUGGCGGACGAGCGCCGCGCGCGCCCCAGGGCCAGGUGCGCUGCACCCUAAGGUGAUCCCGAGGGGACAAGAUGCGCUCCGGGGCGAGGCAGCGAGCGAGAGCGCGCGCCCGGCGGUGCGCGAGGUCAGCCCAGGCGAGGGGGUCUUCCCGGGGCCGCGGGACCCCCAGAGCCGCCCCCGCCGGGCUGCGGGGCGCCCCGCGCCCGCUCGGCCCCGCGCCCCGCCCGCCGGGGGCCGGGCCGCCGCCGACCCCGCCGCCCGCGCACCGGCAGGGGGCGCCCGCGCGCGGCUAAAAGGCUCCGCGGGCGGCCCGCGGCCUCAGUGGCGGAGCGCGGGGCCGGUGCGCGGCCGGGGCGGCGGGCAGGGCGCACAGCGCGCACAGCAGACCGACGGCGCCGGGGACCCCGCCGAGGCUCCUCCCCGUUGCCCGGACUCCGGCCAGCCGCCCGCGUCCCCGCGCGCACCCCGGGCUCCCGAUGGCCCCCGAGGCCGGGGCGCCCCCGCGCGUCCCGCGCCCGCUGCCCUGGGCGGCGCUGCUGCUCCUGGCCGCGCUGCUCCCCGUCGCUUCCUCGGCGGGGGGCCCCAGGUACUCUCGCGCGCCGCUCGCCGCCGGUCUGUCCGCCCCGCCGGGCCGCCGGCGAUGUGCCGGCUGCGGGUCGCGUCCGGGAGCGCGGGGGCCGCGGGCGCCGCCGCGGGACCGGGAGGCGCGCUCGAGCCGUCUGCGGGCCCCGGGGCCGGGGCCGGGGGAUUCGGGCACAGACAGACGGACACGGACGGCGGCGACCCUGCACGGGGCAGCGGGUGGGCGCCUUUCCGGACCCAGUUUCCCCGGGGGAGGGUUGACCACCCACUGAAGCCAAGGCGCGUGAAACUGCUGUCCAGUAAGCUAGGCCUCAGAGUCACGUGGGAGCCACCCAAAGAUGCUGCCAGUAGACCCGUGGAGCAUUACAACAUUGCCUAUGGGAAGUCACUGAAAAGCCUUAAGUACGUCAAGGUGGCUGCGGAGACAUCCUCCUUCCUUACCGAGGAUGUGGAAAAAGAAGUGCCCAACAAGCCCUUGCGUGUGCGUGUCCGGUCCUCGGACGACAGGCUGUCGGUGGCAUGGAAGGCGCCACGCCUGUCUGGAGCCAAGAGUCCACGCAGAUCACGCGGGUUUCUUCUGGGCUAUGGGGAGAGUGGCCGGAAGAUGAAUUACGUUCCCCUGACGAGAGAUGAGCGGAGCCAUGAGAUUAAAAAGCUGGCCUCGGAGUCAGUGUACGUGGUCUCCCUGCAGUCCAUGAACUCCCAGGGCCAGAGCCAGCCGGUCUACAGGGCUGCCCUCACCAAACGGAAGAUCUCAGAAGAGGACGAACUGGAUGUCCCCAAAGACAUCAGUGUGCGGGUUAUGUCGUCCCAGUCUGUGCUUGUGGCCUGGGUGGACCCCGCGGUGGAGAAGCAGAAGAAAGUCGUUGCAUCAAGGCAGUAUACCGUGCGCUACCGAGAAAAGGGAGAGUCAGCCAGGUGGGAUUACAAGCAAACCGCUAACAGGCGCGCGCUGAUCGAGAGCCUCAUUCCAGACACUGUGUAUGAGUUUGCAGUCCGAAUCUCACAGGGCGAACGAGACGGCAAGUGGAGCACCUCGGUCUUCCAGAGGACCCCCGAGUCUGCUCCUACCACAGCUCCUGAAAACUUGCGCGUCUGGCCAGUCAAUGGCAAACCUACAGUUGUCACCGCCUCCUGGGAGGCACUGCCCGAGACCGAGGGGAAAGUGAAAGAAUACAUUCUGUCCUACGCCCCAGCGCUCAAGCCGUUUGGAGCCAAGUCCCUGACCUACCCCAGAGGCACCACUUCCGCCCUGGUGGACGGCCUGCAGCCGGGGGAACGCUACCUGUUCAAGAUCCGGGCUGCCAACAGGAGGGGCCCCGGCCCUCCCUCCAAAGCCUUCAUCGUGGCGAUGCCGGCAGCCAGCACAGCUGAGCAGGAUGCGGCACAGAGCACGGUGGAGAACUGGAAGCCCCAAAGCCCCGAGGCGCCCUCCCCUCCGCCCCAGACCCCAGCUCCCUCAGGGCACACGCGUGUGCCUGUCUCCCCGCGAGGCAGCGAUGCUAAGGACCUGCUCCUGGACUUGAAGAACAAAAUCCUGGCUAACGGGGGGCUGCUCAGGAAGCCCCAGCUCCGCCCCAGGAAGACUGGAGAGCUGGAUCCUCAGUUGACCGAAGUCACCCAGGAGGAGGAGCCGGACUCCCUGGAGGACCCACGCACGUCGCCCCUGCAGACCCAAGAGCACAGGCAAACCCUGAGGCCACCGAGUAGACCAGGCCACCCGGUCCUGGCUCCCGGCAGGACUCCAGCUAGGGCCCGAGUGCCAGGGCCACCCCGGCAGGAAGGCGUGCACAGGCGUGGCCAAGGCACCCACCACACAGCCCCCCAGGGCACUCCUGACAGAGCUGCAGCAGGGCCCACGGCCAGCUCUGUUGACAACGACUCGGUGGACUCGGAGGAGGACGAGCAGGCUGCAGGCCCCCUCCACCCCAAGGACGCCUCCCCCCAGCAGCUGCCUCCCAAGAGCCAGGCCCUGCCCCGGCCAGCCCUGGCCCCCAGCCGCCCAUCAACCUCCAACGCCUUGCACCGGGGUGCAAAGCCGGCCUCGCCUGCCAGGGUGCCGCACCCCGGGGCUGUGGAGGAAGAGCCCAGCCCCCACUCAAGACCUGCUCCACCCCACAGGGUGGCCACUGGCCACUCCCAGGCACCAUCACAGCCCACGGCGCCUUCCCCAGCCUCCUCACGUUCCUCCUCCAGGAUCCAGGGGUCCAGGGGAGGGAGUGAUGGUGAUGACGGGGAUGUGGGAGACAGCAGGAGGCAGGACCCAGUCACGGCCCCCACCGCGCGGGCCCGGCCUGCCUCCGGACAUCUCAGUUUGCUCCGAAACAGGCCCUUUGCUGCCCACGGCAGGUUUCCCAGCAGGCUGGGCGGUGGCCGGGGACUGCGGCUGCAGCCCUCCCGCUCCCCCCAGGCCACCGUGGCCUCCCCAGCCCACUCCAGGGCUCAUCCUCAGCCGGCUUCCCACCCUCGGCCAGGCUCCACUGUCCACACAGGGGAGGAGGAGCAACCACUCCCGGCCACCGUGGUCCAUGACCACGUGCCUUCCUCCUCCAGGCAGCCCACCUCUCGGGGCUGGGAACCCCUGCGGAGAGGCCCCCAGAGAGGGGCCAGCCUCUACCACAAGGAGGCCGUUCCAGAGAGCCCCAAGUCAGCCGGGACAGUCGCACAUCCUCAGGACAAGACCGCCGCGCUGACCCACAAGACACUGGACGCUCAGCAAAGCACGGAUGUGGACGAGGAACUGCGUUCCCCUAGGACACGGCCUGUGUCCAGUGGCCACCGGCUGCCCCCUGCCCGGCCCCCUGCGUCCAGCACACCGGGCCCGGCCAGCUCCCGGGCACUACUCCACACGGCCUCCCCGCGCGGUGACCUGCAGUCCUCGAGCGGCUCCACGGGCGGCAGCACCCAGGUCGCCGGCCAGGCCUUCCCCCAUCAGGCCGCACCUCACAACCAUGGGGCCCAGCGCACACCUGCUGGCUCCUCCCCGCGGCCUGGCUGGCCCCGGAGCCCCAGCAGGACAGGGGUCCAGGCCACCCCAGGGCAGAAGGAGGCACUUUCCAAGCGGCCCCUGCUGUCCAAAUCACAGCAGUCGGUAUCUGCCGAGGAGAAGGAGGAAGAGGAAGAAGAGGAGGAUGCAGGGUACCUGAAGGGGGGAAAGGAAGCCCCUCUACCUCCCUCCGUGUCCAAGUGGCCCUCUGCCGCCAGCCCCAGGGGUGGCAAAUACACGAAGGACGGGAUGCCGCCUCCAGGCAGUACCCCGAGAACGCCACAGCCACCGACAGGACACCCGCCUCGCAGCCCGGCGGUGAGCGCCUCCUCCCGGCCAUGGCCACCCACGCGUGCGCCACCCGGCUUCUCGUCCACCACGCCCAUGCUGUCCCUGCGCCAGCGGAUGCAGCGCCGGUUCCGCACCCCUGUCUCCCGCCAGCCACCCAGGUCUCUGCACACACAAGGUUAUAACGGCAGACCAAAUGUGGAAGGGAGAGUACUUCAUGGUAGCAAUGGGAAACCGAAUGGACAGCGAAUUAUCAAUGGCCCUCAAGGAACAAAGUGGGUGGUGGACCUUGACCGUGGGUUAGUGUUGAAUGCGGAAGGAAGGCACCUCCAAGAUUCCCACGGAAACCCUCUCCGGGUUAAACUAGGAGGAGAUGGUCGGACCAUUGUGGAUCUUAGCGGGACCCCAGUGGUGAGUCCUGAUGGCCUUCCCCUGUUUGGGCAGGGGCGACACGGCAAGCCGCUGGCCAGCGCCCAGGAUAAGCCCAUCUUGAGUCUUGGAGGGAAGCCUCUGGUGGGCUUGGAGGUUGUCAAAACGACCACCCUUCCCCCCACCACAACCCCGCGGCUCACCACGACUACCACCCCUCUGCCUGUCACUACCCUGCGGCCCACGACCACCACCACCCGCCGCACGACCACCACCACCCGCCGCACGACCACCACCACCCGUCGCACGACCACCACCACGCGCCCGACCACCACCACCCGACCCACAAGGCGGACAACAACAACCACCACCACCACCACCACCACUACCACCACUCCUGAACCUACUACCUCUCCCCCAACCUGUCCCCCCGGGACCCUAGAACAGCACGAUGAUGAUGGCAACCUGAUAAUGGGCUCAAAUGGGAUCCCGGAAUGCUACCCCGAGGAAGAUGACUUCUCAGGCCUGGAGACCGACACGGCCAUCCCCACGGAAGAGGCGUAUGUGGUGUACGAUGAAGAUUACGUAUUUGAAACCUCGAGGCCACCGGCCUCCACGAAGCCCACGACCACAGCUACCACACCUCAGGUCGUCCCCGAGGAAGGCACCAUCCGUUCGUUUCCUGAAGAAGAGUUCGAUCUGGCUGGAAGGAAGCGCUUUGUUGCUCCUUAUGUGACAUACCUAAAUAAAGACCCAUCAGCGCCGUGCUCUCUGACAGAUGCCCUGGAUCACUUCCAAGUGGAAAGCCUGGAUGAAAUCAUCCCACAUGACCUGAGGAAGAAUGACCUGCCCCCUCAGCACGUCCCCCGAAACAUCACUGUCGUUGCCAUGGAAGGCUGUCACUCGUUUGUCAUUGUGGACUGGGACAAAGCCAACCCUGGAGAUGUGGUAACAGGUUACUUGGUCUACAGUGCAUCCUAUGAGGACUUCAUCAGGAACAAGUGGUCCACGCAGGCGUCCUCUGUGACUCAUUUGCCCAUUGAGAACCUGAAGCCAAACACGAGGUAUUAUUUUAAAGUUCAAGCCAAAAACCCGCACGGCUACGGACCCAUCAGCACCUCAGUCUCCUUUGUGACAGAAUCAGAUAACCCCCUGCUCGUCGUGAGGCCCCCAGGUGGCGAGCCCAUCUGGAUACCAUUUGCUUUCAAACACGACCCCAGCUACACAGACUGCCAGGGGCGGCAAUAUGUGAAACGGACCUGGUAUAGAAAGUUCGUGGGAGUUGUUCUUUGUAAUUCUCUGAGGUAUAAGAUCUACCUCAGUGACAACCUGAAAGAUACGUUCUACAGCAUCGGAGACAGCUGGGGAAGAGGGGAAGACCACUGCCAAUUUGUGGAUUCACACCUUGAUGGGAGAACGGGGCCCCAGUCCUAUGUGGAAGCCCUCCCCACCAUUCAAGGCUACUAUCGCCAGUACCGCCAGGAGCCCGUCAGCUUUGGCCAGAUUGGAUUUGGAACCCCCUACUACUAUGUGGGCUGGUACGAGUGUGGGGUCUCCAUCCCCGGAAAGUGGUAACCAUGGGCCGCCGUGCAGACUGACUCACUGGGGCUGUGAGCAGGAGGAGGACAAUCCCAGGACCACUGCCGCCGGGUGCCAGGGAGGCCGCGCGGUGGACACUGGGCAUUUCAGCAUCUUCGGUCUGGAACACAGUCCACUCUUGACCUCGAUUGCCAACAGGAUCCAACCUCACUGUUCGCCUUGCUUGUCACAGCGUCUGUGUGGGCAGCACACCCAGAGUCACCACAAAGCUGGCAGCUGACUCUGUGACGUGCAGACGUCUGGGGCACGGAGUGUGGACGCUCUGACACCACCAGGGCAUCGCACACACUGCGCUUGCCCACGGAACGCCGUGCGCUCUGUCUCCUUUAUUCUGGACACCUCCCAGCCAGCCCAACCCAAGCUUCAGAUCUCGUCUACGCAGCAGAACCAGGUUACCAAAAACACCCACAAAGACCUGUAUCCUCCUUGAGGUGCAUUGUCUGACCUUCCCCACUGCUACAGUAAACGUAUCCAAUGUGUCAGUUCUCCAAUUUGAUAUGUAUGUAUAUAUGCAUAUCCAUGUACACACUCGUCCGCAAGACCAGCGAUUAAAAUGGCCAUGUUUGUACU